UGUGAGAAGCAAACCCACUAUGCUCAGCUCCUAAUCACAGGAUUAUUCUGUUUAACUAAGACUAUUAAGUGUUCCACAUUCAAAUGGCGUCUCCCACAGGCAGACCUUGGAGAGGAUGAUCCCUCCACCGCAGGGAUCACACAGACAGCCAAAUGCUCCGUGAAGGACCCGAGGGAAAGGGCUGGGGAAAAUGCUCUUGUGCAGCAACAGGAUGUCACGGUAGUCUACACUCGGGACAGGGACGUAGAAAAGAAGGAUGGGAGAAAGAAGUUGGACCUCCAAGGACUCGGGUGAAACCGGCAUGUUGAUAGAUCCUAUCUGGCUUGCUCUACCCGUGUGGCGAAGAGCUUAACAAAUAGACCGGUGUGGCUGGGCCCCUCCAGAGGAGAGAGCGUUUACCAGGUGAAGCUGAACACUGCUCUCAUUAGUCACACAUGCAGCCACCUGCCACUCACCAGAGACCCGCGCCGGAGCGCUGAAGGUUUCCACAGCUAUUCCUGCCCACGCUCAGGAGAGACACUUGAGGAAUGGCUCAGGCUCCGUGACUGGAUGUAAGCUCGGUGGAAUAUGCCGCUGCUCUGGGGACGAUAAGAGGAGUAAUCCUGACCAUAUUUCAGCCCUGGGAACACACCCGUCCAGGCCAGUCGACCAUGGCCAGCAUGGCCGUUCAGCUCCUCGGCUUCUUCUUGGGACUGCUGGGCUUCACAGGAACCGUGGUGGCGACCCUGCUCCCCCACUGGCGCAGCACAGCCUACAUGGGUUCCAACAUCAUCACAGCCACGGCCUACAUGAAAGGCCUGUGGAUGGAGUGCGUCUGGCACAGCACGGGCAUUUACCAGUGUGAGCUGUACAGAUCUCUGCUGGCCCUGCCCCGCGACCUGCAGGCUGCCCGGGCUCUCAUGGUGCUGUCCUGCGUCUCCUCGCUCCUGGCGUCUCUGGUCGCUGUCAUGGGGAUGAAGUGCACCCACUUUGCUCAGCGCUCGGUGGUCAAGUCCCCCCUGGUUCUGAGCGGAGGGGUUGGUUUUCUCUGUGCUGGCGUUCUCUGCCUGGUCACCGUAUCCUGGACCACCAACGACGUGGUGAUGGCUUUUUACGACCCCUUCCUUCCCAGCGGGAUGAAGUAUGAGAUCGGCUUGGCUGUGUAUCUGGGCUACGCGUCGUCCUUCCUCAGUCUGACCAGCGGCCUGGUGCUGUGCUGGAGCAGCAGCAGCAGCAGCAGAGAAAGGCUGCAGGGUCCCCUCCAUGUGCAGACGAUUCAGUCUUCAUCCCCUCCACCUCCCUUCAACAACCCCUACCCCCCUGCUCCGCUCUACAAGCCACCUGAGGCCCUGAAGGACAAUCGUGCGCCCUCACUUUGCUCCCUUUCCAGCAGUGGCUAUAGGCUUAAUAACUAUGUCUGAAACAUGGAGGUAAUAGCACAUUAAAAACAUUAAUAUAUAUAUAACACCAUGUUUUAGCAAAAUCUAAUGUCCGCAUCGGAAGAAACCCUCGUUUUUUUUCAACUUCAAGACUUUCCUCUGAACUUGAAAGCAAAGGAGCUGAAUUGUCUGGUGCUGUUGUGAUGCAUCCGAUUGUCCAGGAGGGGGCAGCAUGUCACACAAAACAGACAAACUGCAAAUGAGGCUCCAUGUUUCUUUUGAUUUUUUUCAUAUAUCUUGCAGCACUGAAUAAGCAUUGUAAAAAAUUAACAUUUCACAGAAACAGCAGCUACGGUCUGUUUAACAGCACAUAUUAUCUAAAUCAUUUCCCUCGAAAAUUAAACUUUAGUAACUGAAGAUUAACUUGUUCUCCUUGCAGGGAGGAGACAGAAAGCCCGUGCUCUGGUCAGAUGAGGGCUAAAUGAAGCUUUUUAGCUCACAUGCAAAAUGCUGUUUCAUUUCACAUUUUUGUUUUAGUCCUGCUCAAGAUUAGUUGCAUUUGUUUGUGCCGUUAUUGUGAAACCUUUAGUUUUAUUAGAAGGAAAUGUUAUUUAUUUAGUACAUUUGUUAUUUUGGUACAUUUCUUCGUAUUGGAUUGCUUUGCUUUCAGCAAUCAUGAGAUAGAAAAUAAAAUCAGUUUUUGGAAGGA